CACUGCGUCUCAUAAUUUUUCAGGAAGACAAAGCUCGACCAACUUUUCCACCAAUAAUUUUCCGAGAAAAUUCUUGGCGAUCAUUUUCCCGAGAAAAUAUUGUUCUCAUGGAAUCUCCGGCGCAGCGUCGCCUCCAUGCCAUCCAAUGCCACCUCCUUCCCACCUCCGACAAUUCCCACUCCCUUGUUCAAGCUAACCUCACAGCUGGAGAGUUCGUUCAUGGGCUGGGUUACAGUGUAGCUCUUCCAGAAAAGUUGCAAACAGGCAAGUGGAAUGUGCAUAGAUCAGCACGUUCUCCUUUGAAGCUCGUAAGUAGAUUUGCUGACCAUCCUGAAAUUGGGACGCUUCAUGAUAAUUUCGUGCAUGCUGUUGAAACUUUCCAUGAUUACAAAUACUUGGGUACGCGAACUCGGAUAGAUGGUACAAUUGGAGAGUACAAGUGGAUGACAUAUGGGGAAGCUGGAACUGCUCGCGAAGCAAUAGGUUCUGGCCUACAGUAUCAUGGGUUACAAAAAGGAGCUUGCAUUGGAAUUUAUUUUAUAAAUAGACCGGAGUGGCUGAUUGUGGAUCAUGCCUGCUCAGCUUAUUCAUAUAUCUCGGUUCCCCUGUAUGACACUCUUGGUCCAGAUGCUGUUAAAUUUGCUGUGAAUCAUGCUGGUGUCCAGGCUAUUUUUUGUGUCCCACAGACUUUGAACAGCUUGUUGAGCUUCCUAUCUGAGAUUCCAUCUGUACGUCUUAUAGUGGUAGUGGGAGGCAUGGAUGAAUAUUUACCUUCUCUUCCGUCAGCAUCUGGAAUGAAGGUUAUAUCAUAUUUGAAAUUAAUCAGUGAGGGCCGCAGUAGCCUGCUGCCUUUUUGCCCUCCUAAGCCUGAAGAUAUUGCAACCAUAUGCUAUACUAGUGGUACUACUGGAACACCAAAGGGAGUUGUAUUGACACAUGGAAACCUGAUUUCAAGUGCUGCUGGUUUUUCUCAUUCGAUCAAAUUCAAUCCUGCUGACAUUUACAUGUCGUAUCUUCCUUUGGCACACAUCUAUGAACGAACAAACCAAGUUGUCUCUGUGUACUAUGGUGUGGCUAUUGGUUUCUAUCAAGGGGACAAUCUGAAAUUGAUGGAUGACUUGGCUGCUCUUAGGCCAACGAUAUUUUGCAGUGUUCCUCGGUUGUAUAAUCGAAUAUACUCUGGAAUUACAAAUGCUGUAAUGGCUUCUGGAAUGCUGAAGGAGAGACUAUUUAGAGCUGCCUACAACUCCAAGAAGCAAGCCAUAAUGAGUGGCCGGAAUCCAUCACCAAUGUGGGACAGAUUGGUAUUCAAUAAAAUAAAAGAAAAGCUUGGAGGACGAGUCCGUUUUAUGGGAUCGGGUGCUUCACCAUUGUCUCCUGAUGUCAUGGACUUCUUGAGGGUGUGCUUUGGCUGUCAAGUAAUUGAAGGAUAUGGCAUGACCGAGACUUCUUGUGUCAUAAGCAUAAUGGACGAGGGUGAUACUCUAUCUGGUCAUGUUGGGUCCCCUAAUCCUGCCUGUGAAAUCAAACUUGUGGAUGUUCCUGAGAUGAACUAUACCUCCGAAGAUCAGCCUCAUCCUCGUGGUGAAAUCUGUGUGAGGGGUCCCAUUGUGUUUCAAGGCUACUACAAGGACGAAGUCCAAUCGAGAGAAGUAAUUGAUAAUGAUGGAUGGCUGCACACAGGAGACAUUGGGUUGUGGUUACCUGGAGGCCGCCUUAAGAUUAUUGAUAGGAAAAAGAAUAUAUUUAAGUUGGCACAGGGUGAGUAUAUAGCACCGGAGAAGAUUGAGAACGUGUAUGCCAAGUGCAAAUUUAUUUCUCAAUGUUUCAUAUAUGGUGAUAGCUUGAACUCGAGUCUAGUAGCUGUAAUUGCAGUGGAACCAGAUGUAAUGAAAGAUUGGGCCGCAUCAGUGGGAAUCAAGUAUGAAAAUUUAGGACAAUUGUGCAAUGAUCCACGAGCGAGAGCUGCAGUUCUUGCUGAUAUGGAUGAUGUUGGAAGGGAAGCUCAGCUGAGAGGUUUUGAAUUUGUAAAAGCUGUAACUUUGGUGCCUGAACCGUUCACUUCGGAGAAUGACCUUCUCACUCCAACAUUCAAGGUCAAGAGGCCCCAAGCAAAGGCAUACUUUGCCAAACAAAUAUCAGACAUGUAUGCUGAGCUUUCUAAAUCGGACCCAGCACCAUAAAUAAUGCCAUGACCUGAAGUCCAUUUAAGCUACAUGAAGGAAAAAAAAAAAUCAUACUUCCAGUUUCUGUGAUCACAAGACUGAUUGUUGUAAUCUGCCACGCUUCUUUAGGAUUUAUAUUUGUUGAAGAAAUGUGGUUUUCAUUACUUGGACUUCAUAGGUAUUCUGAUUUGUUUAUUUUUAGCCCUAUAUGGGGUCAAACAUUUUUUGUUAUGAAAAACGCUCAAAGUUUAUGUAACAAAGAUGACAUCAACGUUUCUGGAAUUCCAUUCAUGAAGAAUCUUAACUUAAA